UUCAAACCCAACAAUAAACAGUUGGCAUUUGUUAUAAAUACCAGCGUUACUUGCUGCCAGUCUUUAGUGGGCCGAAAGUUAUUGGCCAUAUUUUGCGAAAAAUAUACUGAAACCCUCUCCGAAAAUCUCGAAAGGAUCCUAUAUUAGAAUAGAGAUCAUUUUCUUCAGCAUGAAGUUCAUGAUUGUAGCUGCCACUUUGGCAGUGUGUCUGUGUUUGAGCACAGCAGCGCCGCUGACGGAAGAAGUUGAAAAUAUUGUUCCGGCUGCCGAAGAAAAUUAUCGCCUUAUAACCGAUAUUGAACCCAUCAACUAUAAUGUCUCCCUGAAACCCUACCUUUUGGAUAGCGAUCCCAGUGAGAAACGUUUCACUUUCGAUGGUGAAGCUUAUAUUACGAUCAAGCCCAAAGUUACCACAAGUACAUUGGUUUUGCACAGUAAAAAUUUGAAAUAUUCUCUGCGUGAAUUUUAUGCCAAGAGUAAACCAGAUGUGAAGACAACUCUACCUGCUGUUGAACCCAACAAUGUAACCGAUAUUGUCACCUACACUUUGACCUCGGCUCUGGUGGCAAAUCAGGAAUAUGUUUUGCAUUUCGUCUACACCGGCACCAUGGAUGAUGAUAUGCACGGUUUCUAUCGCAGUUCUUACACGGACUCUAAGAAUAACACCAAAUGGCUUGGCUCAACUCAAUUCCAAACCAACCAUGCCCGUCGUGCCUUCCCCUCCUUCGAUGAACCCCGUUUCAAGGCCACCUUUGAUAUUACCCUUACCCGCCACAAAAGUAUGAAGACUUACAGUAACACACGCAUUGUCAACAGCACCACCAAUGGUGACUAUGUGACCGAUCGUUAUGCCACCACACCCAAAAUGUCCACCUACAUUUUGGCUUUCAUUGUCUCUGAAUUCAAUGAACGUUUCAAUGGUGAUUUUGGUGUUAUUGCCCGUCCGGAAUUCUAUAAACAAACCGAAUAUGCCUUCGAUGUGGGACAAGAAAUCCUAAAGGAUUUGGGUGAUUACUUCGACAUUCCCUAUUACUCCAUGGGCAAUGAUAAAAUGCACAUGGCUGCCAUUCCCGAUUUCUCGGCCGGUGCUAUGGAAAACUGGGGUCUAUUGACAUAUCGUGAACGUGCCUUGCUCUACGACGAAGGUUCCACAACUUUGAGUGCCCAACAAUAUAUUGCUGCCGUUGUUGCCCAUGAACAGGCUCACAUGUGGUUUGGUGAUUUGGUAACAUGCCAAUGGUGGAGCUAUACCUGGUUGAAUGAGGGUUUUGCUCGUUACUUCCAGUACUUUGGUACUCAUAAUGUCGAGACCCACUAUCAAAUGGACCAACAAUUCGUUGUCGAUCAAAUUCAGGCUGUCAUGAACAUGGAUUCCACCGUCAACACCAACCCCAUGAGCGACGAAAACACCAACACCCCCGCCGAUUUGUCUCGCAUGUUCAACAGCAUUUCCUAUAACAAGGGCGGUACCUUCAUUCGCAUGGUGAAAUAUGUCAUGGGCGAGGAAAAUUUCAAGAACUCUCUGCGUGAAUACCUGAAGACACACCAAUACACCAAUACCGUUCCCUCGGAUUUGUUUACCGUCUGGAAGAAAUAUAUACCCGCACAAUUCCAAUCGUAUGCUGAUGGUCUGUUCAAGAGCUUUACCGAACAGGUCGGUUAUCCAGUGAUCACCUUUAAUUUGACCACGCCCACAACUUUGGUUAUUAGCCAAAAACGUUUCCUGUUGAAGGAAGGUGAUGGUGCCGAUGGCAGCCUAUUGUACACUGUGCCCAUUACCUAUACCACCAAUGUUGAGAACAAUUUCAAUUUGACCACACCCAAAUUGUUUGUCACUCCCAACGACACCAGCGUCGAACAAACCUUGCCUCAAGCUGUCUCCUGGAUUGUUGGUAACGUCCAAGAAACCGGUUAUUAUCGCGUCAACUAUGAUGUUAAAUCCUGGCAUGGUAUUCAUCACGCUUUGCUCACCAACAACUGGGGUGGCAUCCAUGAACUGAAUCGUGCCCAGGUUGUGGAUGAUCUCUUCAACUUGGCCCGCGCCAGUGUCAUUGACUAUGAUUUGGCUCUCGAUAUCUUGGCCUAUUUGAAGACCGAAACAAAUUACCUGCCCUGGACUGCUGCCUUCAAUGGCUACAAUUAUUUGGUUAUUCGUUUGGGUCUUGAUACCAAGAACUUUGCCGUCUACAUUCGUGAUAUGACCUCCAAGGCUUACGAUUUCUUGGGCUUCGAAGAUAAGCCAACCGAUACCACUUUGGAUAUUUAUAAUCGUGCCAAGAUCUUGUCAUGGGCUUGUAAAUUCGGCAAGAAGGAAUGUAUCACCAAGGCCCAGGAAUAUUUCAAGAAUUUGGACAACAAACCGGUGCCAGUGAAUAUUCGUUCCGCCGUCUACUGUACUGCCAUGCGUGAGGGUACCGAGGCUGAUUUCAACAAACUCUACAACAAAUACCUGACCGAAACUGUGGCCACUGAAGUCACCUUGAUCUUGAAUUCUUUGGGUUGUGUCAAGGACUCGAAAUUGGUUAGCAAAUUCUUCCAUAUCAUUGUGUCGGACAGUGUACGUCGCCAGGACAAAUCUGCUGCCCUCAGCAGUUUGUACAGUGAAAACAAUGAAAAUGUUGAGCCUGUUUUCGAUUUGGUUGCUGAAAAUCUUGAUGCUUUGGCCAAUUCCAUGGGUGGCUACUCCUCAGUUGCCUCGGUCAUUUCCAAUAUUGCCUCCCGCUUCACCACUGCCCAACAAGAAACCAAAUUGAAGAACUUUAAUACCCAGAACAGGGGCAAAUUUGGCAGCUCUGCCAGCACCUUGGACUCUGCCGAAAAGACUGUUAAGGAAAACUUGGAUUGGGCCGAAAAGAAACUGGGCACCUUCAAGUCCCAUCUGGAUAAGUACACCACUGGUGGUAGCGCCAGCUUGAGCGGUUUCACCGCCCUCUCCAUGGUAUUGUUUGCCGUUUUAGCACGUUUCUUGUGCUAAAAGUGCCCCCGUUAGUUAUGAAAUUGUUGUAAAAUAAUAUUAAUAAUAUUUUUUUUUUUAGUUUUUAAUUAAUAAAAUUCUUUUUCUAAAUAAAUCGAAAUUUUUUUGUAACAAA